GUUUGCCCUCACCUUAUCCCUUUAUUAAUUCAUUUUCCUUUCACAGUACUACACACAUCUUCCAUUGCCAUUCUAACUAACAAACUCUAUCAGAUAAGAUCAUCAUCACAGAAACAACCACAAACGACAACCCCCAUUCAUUCUACUUCCAACCAAAAUAUCCUCACUUCAACAAAACCUUCGAAAAUAUCACAGAUGUCACUCCUGCAACUCCGAUUCACUUCUCAAACAUUGCGUCCUUCUUCCCACAACUUCAGAUCCAACAACAAACAUCUUUGUUCCUCUAAGCGUGUUUCCUUUGUAAGAACCAAAAUCAGAGCUGUUAGCACAGUCCCCGAGAAAGACUCGGACUCAGACACAGAGUUAGAGUUAUUAGACAUCGAUGACCCCAACAAGCCACCUUAUGUUGGCUUUGUAUUUGUCAGUUCUGUGCUGCUGCCAGAUGGAACACCAGACGUGCACUUUCGUUCUGCUUGUGGCGGCCAGAAGCUUAGGAAGACAAUGAUGGAUUCCAACGUCGAGCUCUAUGGACCCUAUGCCAGAGCUCUGUUAAAUUGUGCAGGGGGUGGAACUUGUGGCACAUGUAUGGUGGAGGUUCUUGAAGGUCAAGAGCUUCUGAAUCCUCGCACUGAUAAAGAGAAAAAGUUACUGAAGAAGAAACCAAAGAACUGGAGAUUAGCAUGUCAAACAGUUGUUGGUGAACCAGAUACCAGAGGAGCGGUUGUGAUUCAACAGCUGCCAGAGUGGAAAGGGCAUGAAUGGAGAUAUACAAAGCGUGGAGAGCCCACCUGGGAUUCAGAAGAGCCUCUGUGAAGCCCAAAACCAAAUAACAUUAAUUAAUAAUAUAAAUCCAAUUCUUCGUAGUUAUAUAUGCCAUGCAUUUUAGUUUUAGCUUUAUUUUAUUUUAUUUUUUUCAAAUGAAAAUCAUCAA